AUGGAAUUGUCUAUUAUAAUACCCACUCACAACGAAAAAGAUAAUGCCCCUCUUUUAAUGUACCUUAUUUCCGAAGUUUUAAAGGCUGUCCAGUAUGAAAUCAUCAUUGUAGAUGAUGGCAGCAGCGAUGGAACAUCUGCCGCUUGCACCGCCAUUGCAGACAAGCUGGGGAUAACUGCGCAAGUGCUUACGCGAAAGGAGAAGCUUGGCCUGGGGAAUGCAUACAAAAGAGGACUGGAGCAUGCGUCAGGGGAUUAUGUAGUGAUUCUUGACUCAGACCUAAGCCACGACCCGCGCGAAAUCCUGCGGCUUCUCAAAAAGAUCAAAGAAACCCGAGCAGGGGUUGUUAUAGGCUCUAGGUAUACCGGAGAGGGCGGAACAUGCAACUGGCCCUUUUCCAGAAAGAUGACAAGCCAGGGCGCAAACAUUCUUGCAUACAUAUUUACAGGGAAAAGAAACAGUGAUAUGACAAAUAGCUACCGCAUCUACAAGAGGGAUGUUAUUAACUAUGCAAUUAGGAACGUUAAGGCGCAGGGCUUUGCAUACCAAAUGGAGAUACUCUACCACUGUCACCAGAAAAUAGACGAAAUCCCAAUUUGUUUCUAUGAGAGACUUUCUGGGUACUCUAAGCUUUCGGGAAAGGAGUAUGCCCAAUUUCUUCGAUGGGGCUGCACCUUGCUAGCUAUGCGCGCAAGAGACUUCGUGCAGAAAGCAGUGUACAUAUAA